CAAUAAUAAUGGAGACUUUGUGUGUUCGAUCUAUCUAGUGCCCUCUCAGUAGUUCCCGCAAUUGUCGCUUGCUCCAUGGCCUAUCAUGGCCGUCACAGCCAAUGUGAGCGCGCUGACAGACGAGCUAAUUAUAGCCGUUGCGAAGUCCGAUAGAAAGGACACUCCACAUUUCAGGAAUUUAAAACGUCGGACUGAAGACACUUUCAAGUCGCAUGCUUAUGCGCGCACGGAUCAAUUCGCCGUCGCCAGCCAACUCGAAGGGCUGCAGGAGAAAUUCCAAAUCCUUUGUAGGGAUGAGUUGGCUGAUGCUUUGCGUAUCCGACUAACGGAGCUGCAAGAGCACCAAAGCUCAUGGUUCCCCGAAAUUCUAUCUCUACUGCUGCAGCUGGCAGACCGCCCUGCGCAGCGGUCCAGGGUAGAUCAAGUGGUAGCAACCAAGCCCAGAGAGGAAGCAAAAGCACUUGUCUGGGAUGAAUUGGACGCCGCUGGAUCAGCAUAUUGUGGCGAGGAUAUCUGGGAAGAUGUAGAUUAUGGCGCUGAUUCCUCUGAUGAGGACCUUGCAUCAGUGUCCACUGACAGCUACCAUACACGCAAUCAACCAGAAACGUCUGUCACAACAGAGGAGGACUAUAUGAUCCCUGACGAAGUCUUCACCUCUGGAGAAAAUGAUGAAUUCAUUGAUUCGAUUGCUAAAGCACAAUUUUGGAGAGACAAGGAGAGUCCGGUCACUGACAUGGCUGGUCCCACUUCUCAAGUUAUUACCGAGCUUCAGGUAAUAAGGGAGACUAUAUUCAUGUUGCAAGGUCUCCCUACGUCACUGUUUUGGCGAUUUGAAGGUAAUAUCGAAAUAAGCCGAAGAUUCACCAUUGCAGACCUGUCGAAUGAGGCAUUCUUCUCCUUAAUGCGAUCACUAAGCUCGACAGGAGCGAAACUGGACGUCCUUAGGCAAUUUUGCAACGCACCACAGGAGAUUCCAUAUAUGCAAACGUUUCACCGGGGCCUGGAGAGCUGUCUAAGAAAGUUCGACUUGUUUCUAUCUAACGUGCAGCACCAGUACCUUGCUCAGGCGUCAAUCGUGUCCAUUAGUCUUCUGCAGCUCUCUGAAGAUGUUUGGCGGAAGUCCAGACUGCCUUUGAUGUUAUCUGACCUUGUGUCUAGCUUAAUGCCUAGCACUUCAAAUACUGCUACGCAAUGUCUCGACUCACUUUAUGAUCUCGUGUGCCUGACACAAGCUGCUGGCGACGAUGACAUAUUCGAGACCCUUGCUGAGUUGUUCUUCUCAUGCUUCGAAACCUAUGCACAUCCCAUCCGUAUGUGGAUGGAAAAAGGCCAGUUGGAUGACUCUGCAGCUGAAUUCUUCAUAUGCAACAAUCAAAACGACAGUGACCUGCGAACGCUAUGGCAUGACUGGUACGCAUUGGAUAAGGCAUCGAUGCUCCCGAGUUCCCCGAAGUUUAUCCAACCUUUUGCACACAAGAUCUUCAUAACUGGCAAAAGCAUGGUUUUUCUGCGACAUCUGAAUACGACCGAGGACGACGAGAGUGCAAGGAAGGUCUCCUUAACGCUGAACGAAGUAUUACCGCCAGACUCAUACUCUUCUUGCCUCCCGUUCUCCGUCCUACUCGAGUCUUCAUUCGGAAGAUUAGUCGAUGAAAAUCAUGCCCACACUUCGGCUCUGCUAAGGAAAGAGCUUGGCCAGGAAUGUGGCUUAUGGACGUCACUCCAAGCACUCGAGUAUAUCUAUCUCGGCAGAGAUAUGAGCAUCUUCGGACCAAUCGACAGCAAGAUAUUCGAGCUCAUCGAUAGAGGGAAAGGCACUUGGAGCGAUCGGUUCCUGCUCACUGAAGUGGCCCAAAGCGCUUUCAGUACCCUGCCAUUCAUCGAUCCUUCUAGGCUUAUCGUCCGAACACCCAAAGAAGCACACAGCAAUGCAGUCAGCCGCAGCCGCUCGGUCAAGGUGCUGGACGCCAUUUCAUUCGACUACAUCUUGCCUUGGCCUGUAGCCAAUAUAAUCACAAGGGAUACUCUUUUGGGCUACCGCCGAAUCUCUACAUUCCUCAUGCAACUCCGCAGAGCCAAACACACGAUAGUAAAACAACGACUGCAGCACAAUAACCAAUCCGAUAAGAUCCAAGACUCAAGGAACAACACGCUGAGCUACGCUCUCAGACACAACAUGCUCUGGUUCCUGAACGUUGUAUACAGUCACAUGACGGAUUUUGUCAUCUCUGCAGCGACGCAUUCCCUGGGAAAAGACCUUUCUGCUUCUGCAGACGUGGACGCCAUGAUAGCGGCGCAUCGCUCCUUCAUGCACUCCCUAGAGGAACAAUGCCUCCUAUCUACCAACUUGAAUGCUCUUCACCAGGCGAUCAUCACCAUCCUAGACCUCUGCGUCAGCUUCGCAGACAUCCAAAACUCACGCUAUGGUGACCAUAACCUCGACCCGACGCGCACCGCUACCAAGAGCGCAAAAUCUAUGCAUCGCAAGAAUGCACAGUACUUUGAACCUGACCAGGGUGACCCAAGCGAUGAUGACUCUGACUCUGACUCUGACUCCGACGCAGACGAAGACAACCUCGCUGCCUCGUUUCACGAAACGCACUACAUGCAACGACUCCGAGAUAUCAAAGACCAGUUCAAUCGUCUGUUAGCGUUCAUUGUGGCUGGUCUGAGGGGUGUAGGGCGUGUCGAUGGCCAACUAAGUUGGGAGAUAUUGGCCGAGAAGCUCGAGUGGAGGAAGGCAAGCGGUCAGCAGCAGAAUCUUGCACUGUAAUAUCUUCUUGUUAGGGGGAUUCUGGGAAUUGAUUAGGAUAGGUUAGGUUUAUGAUACCCGG